AUGUUCAGACCCGGACCUGCCUUUCGACAAUCGGCCCAGGGCUUGAAAAGACUCACGUCUGGCAGUUUGUCUCCCAGUUUAGUGGUAUUUCGACAAGCCAGUGUUUUAUCCACUGGUCGUUGGAGUUCUAUUCGUACUUCGAGACCCACUGUCGUCGCUACUGCCGCCCCCACCCGAAGUCAGCGGUUCUACUCUCCUCUUUGCAUUGAUAAGCCUGCCAAGGUCUAUGAAUUUGCUGAUGUCAAGAAACUGUCUGACGCCAAAGAACAUCCUGGGGUGAUUCUUGUAGACGUUCGUGAACCGCAUGAAUAUAAAGAAGGCCAUAUUCCUUCUGCUAUCAAUAUCCCAUACAACUCGUCACCUGGCGCCCUCGGUCUCGAGCCAGAAGACUUUGAAGAAACUUUCGGUUUCUCUAAACCGUCCCCCGAAUCCAAACUUGUAUUCUACUGUCUCGGAGGUGUUCGAAGCUCGGCUUCUGAGGGUCUUGCCGCUACAUAUGGUUAUCAAUGGUAA